CGCCUCUCCUGCGCCCUCCCCGCCGCGAUGCCGCCGCCGUGUCCCCGCGGGGCCCUGCCCGGGGCCUCCCUGCUCCUGCUGCUGCUGCUGCUGCCGCUGCUGUGCGCGGCGCCCGAUGUUUCAAGGGGAAAUAAGCUUAAACUGAUGCUUCAGAAACGAGAAGCCCCUGCUGCUGCUGCUGAGAAGCCGGAGGUGUCAGUGAAAGAAGCAGCAGCCAAGGAGUUCCUGAGCAGCCUGAGGCGGCAGCGGCGGCAGCUGUGGGACAGGAGCCAGCCCGACGUGCAGCAGUGGUACCAGCAGUUCCUGUACCUGGGCUUCGAUGAGCAGAAAUUCGAAGAUGACCUCUCCUACUGGACAAACCUGGGGCGUGCUCGUAAUGAGUAUUACGGUGGGCACUACCAGCACCACUACGAUGAAGAUGCUCCCAUUGGCCCUCGGAACCCACACGCCUUCAGGCACGGGGCAGGCGUCAACUACGACGAUUACUGAUGCCAUUUACCCUACUGCAGCCUAUAGGGCUGCACUGGCUGAGGCUGAGCCCUCCCUCAGUCAGGAUGACCCUGCUUUUUCUUCUAUUCAAGUCAAACAGAAAGAGUAAAGGAACUGCCAGACUUUGAUGAAAGCAACAUGACUUUUUUAAACUAUCAUUACUUAGUAGUACACUAUAUAUAAAAAGAGUUAUAGAAAUAAAGCUUUUUUGAUAAUCAGGUUGCCAUUAUUUAGUAGACUUCAUAACAGCAAGUUUAAUUCCAACUGUAUUAUUACAGAUUCCUUUUUAAAGGGCUUUUUCUCUUGCUGUCCUACAAUCAAUUGUAAAAUUACAUUAUAUCAUCUACUUUGGCAUAUAGAAUACAUAAUAUUAGCCAGUACAUUUAAGAUGUGCCUUCCCAUUCACAUUUCUAUUAACAAAUAAAUCCAAUUACUCUUGGGAGAAAAGAAAAAAAAAGGUUUCCUGUCAAUUGAAGUGCUGCUUUGUUGCCUCCUCUGCCGUUUCCAUACCCACAGCGUGCAGCCCUCCAAGCCUGACAUGGCAGUGCUGCAGCUCCUGUUGGG